GAAAUCAGUGGCGGUUCAGGCAGGCAGCGGGAUCACGAGCUUGCGGGCGCGUGAAUGUUGUGUCGAGCCGGUUUCUUCACAGUGGCAGGCUAUCAUUUCAGCGUCGCUACCCUGAAACAUGACGGAUUCGGACAAAUAUGACAAGCUGCUGGCGGCUUAUUCCGAGCUCAAAGUGAAGAACUCGGUUCUCAAAAAGGCCGUCCUCGAGGCCCAGGCCAAUGCUGCCCCAGCGUCGCAGGCCCCAAAUCCCGAGCUGGAGGCCAAACUGCGGGAGAGUGACCAACGAUACCGUGAUGUCUUGUCCGAAGUCGAGUCACUGCGCUUCCACAACACGCAAUUAACCAAGCGGGUUGAGCUCUUGCAGGAGGAGCUGGACAAGAAAGUCAAGCCGAGCCGCUCGAAACAGAAAAGCUCUGGAGCGCUGGAUGAGCUGGAGCAGGAGCUGAUGCGCCGCAAUCAAGUGAAUGAGCAACUACUCAAUACCAUGAAGGAGCAGCAGGUGCACCACCAGAAGCAGCUUGAGAGCCAGCAGCGAGAAAUGGAAGCUGCCCAGCGGCGUACCCAGGCAGAUGUCAAUCGCCUACGACAGGCUGAAGCCGAUGCCCUAGAAGAAGCCGCCACUCUGCGGCGCGCGGCUCAGAAUCUUGAGCAGCAUAUGAAGCCAUUGGGCAAGGCAUUCCUUGAAGCGAACACAGAACAAGGCCUCGGCACCAUGCUGCCGGCACUGGCUGCUGGCCUGAGUCAACUGACGCGGUACCACACCCAGCUGGCCUCCUUGAUGACAGCUUAUCUGCACGGCGAGUCCGCCUCCUCCGUGUGUCCAGCCUCGGUGGGCGGUAUGAACAACAGCCUGGAGGCAGAGUGGGGUCGCCUUGCUUCGUCCCUGCAAGCGCUUCGUGAGGAAGUGUCCCCAGAAGAGCUUUCCACGGCUGCACUAGCCCCCGCCGAUUGGACCCGCAUCAUUGAUGCGGUGCUGCUGGUAUCACAGCACUUGGACAAGCUGCAGGCCGUCCACACAUCAAAGUCGCAGCUGCAAUCACGAAUCCUGCCGCAGCUGGUGGAGGUCAUGCCUCGAGCUUGGAGUCGUCUUACCUCGAUCACUCACGAUCUGACGGCUGCUUUACGCCGGCAGAGCCACCAUUGGACAGGCCAGACCUUGGCCGUGGCUGGCUUGGCGCAAUCACCAUUGCAAGCCUCAGACAGUCCAAGAGCCCAUAUUCACGAGCCAUUGCUGCACGCUGCUCGCCACCGACGCACACGCCUGCUGCAUCGCUUGCAUAGCCCACGGUCCGACACCUUGCACCGAGUCCAUGUGGGUGCGGCAGAUACGAUGGCGCAAGCAGAACUACAGGCGACUCUUCAGUUGGAGAUGGAGUUGCUCAAGAUUCGCCAGGCAAAGGCGACCAAGACCUUGGGCGUCGAGGGCGAAGAACCCGUCUCGGGCUCGGCUCUUGAGCGUGAGGAGCUCAUUCGUGGCCAUUAUACAUCUCGGGUUGCAUACUUAACCUCACAGCUGCAGUUUGCUGAUAGCAAGGCCCAGGCUUACUACGAAGAAUGCCGGGCCCUAACGUUCAAGCUGUCGCAACAACACGACAAGCUGUCUUCAGCUCAGGGAGACCGCAAUGUUGAGGUGCGACAACUCAAGAAGCGUGUUCUGGCUCUGGAAGAAGAACUUUCCACCACGCAGACCAACUAUGAGAAACAGAUUCAAACGCUGACGGAGACGCUGAUGGCGCUCAACGAUCAGUUGUCGCAGCGACAGGACCAGAUUGACGCCCUUCAAGGCUCCCAUGCAAGUGACGAGACUCGCACGGGCCGCAAAUGGUUGCGCAAUAGUGAAAAGAACAGUGGUCGAGCAUAAGGAGGCGGGGCGAGUUGCUUCCCUCUAGCAUCCACCAACCAGACAGCGCGUCUCAUUUUGAGCACGAGCUCAAUU